AUGCGGGGAGUGUCGAUCAUGCGCAAGACCAUUCUGAUCUCCGGCCGCGGCCGUUGCCGCCAUUCCGACCAUCGGCGCCGUGGCGGCCGAAGGCGAGCAGCGUUUCGUUCACGAAGGCCAGACCUAUGUCUACACUCGCUCGGUCGAGAGCGGCCAUCCGGUAAUCGAGGGCCACCGCUAUCCCGGCGGCGAGCCGUUCCGCUUCAUCGUGCGCGGCCACCGUGUGACCGGCUAUACCGGCACCACACCGGUAUCGUUCAGCACCGACGAAGCCAAGGGCGCGCUGGGCGCGGGCAUCGAGACCAGCGCUCGCUGAUCCCCCCCUUGUUUGCAAAGGAUUGGCCCAUCCCAAUUUGGGGUGGGCCAAUCCGUGCGGCUUUCGCCGAGCCGGUUCACCAGCGUGGUUUGACCGCACUCCAUUCCAAGAAGGCCGGACAAGACGAGACCCGGCAUGACCGUCACCGCGUGAUUUCGCUCGAAGCGAUUGCCCCGAUCCACCUACAGCAUCGCUCAAAUAGCGCACGAGCGGGUCCGCCUGACGGCGGUCACGAUGGGCCAUCCACCAUAAAAAAGGCACACCGCCAAACACGAUCGCAGCAAGCAGCAGCGGAUCGCCAAAACCCGUAUCUUCUUUGCGGAUCGCCCCAGCAGAGCGGAGAUGCCCAUAAACGCCCACAGUGUUAUAAAGGCGAUGCCAUUAAGGUCGGAACCAGCCCGGCCGCGCAGCCGCGUUUGAUCGCCUUCCUGCGAGAUGAUGCCGAACACCAUCGGCCCAGAUCGAUUGACCAUCGAGAACCAAAGGCAAAACAGAGGCCCCACCACCCAACCCCGCGCGCCGUUCCGGGGUUCGAAUAA